CCCUUAAGUUACUUCUUUGCCAACAUUCAUCAUAUUCAAACAUCACCAUGCCUAGAUUGCCUCAACCCGAAUCUCUCGUUAAACUGUGUGUCAAGUGCGUAACAAAUGCAAGUCGUAGAUCUGCAAAUAAAAUUCCAGCAGUUAUGCGGAAUUGUAAUAUGACCGCUAUCAAUUCUAAAUUUUUCCCCAAUGCAUUUCAUCAAUUACCCGUUGCGCUCCUGGAGGAAAUCAUUUUUGCUUUUACAAUGAGGCGAAUGAGAGACAGAGGACGAAUGCCGAUCCCACAUCCAUAUUUCCUUCAUUAUCUCAUCACUCCACAAAUUCAACAUUUAAGUUUUUCUCUUUACUAUGGGGGUUACUUGGGUUUAUUCCCCAAGCUUGAAAAUUUGCUAACAUUGGACCUUGGAAAAACUGGAGUGAAAGAUGACUCUUUAAAAAGCAUUGGAAUUUACUGUUCCCAGUUAAGGUCGCUGAAUUUAAAAGGUUGCACUGACGUGACAGACGAUGGAAUUCGAUGGCUUUGUGGGGUGGAUUUACCGGGAAUGGGAAAAUCAAGACUUUGCAAGACCAUCCAAAAAUUAAGUAUUCUUCACACAAGUGUUACUAAGAAAGGAAUUCAAGUUGCGCUGAAAAAUUUCCUGUUCUUGAAUAUCCUUGAAAAUUGUUAUAUUGUAGAUGCAUUGGCAGAGUUGGCCCAAUCAGCGAUAGAUUCUAAGCAACCCGGCUUUUAUAAUAAUACGUUCUCAAUUUCUACCUUGUACACAUCUCCUGAUACGCCGUUAAGGAGUAAUAGUCUGCCACUAGCCCUCCCUUUAUGCCAUUUAGUUAAUCAGGUUUCAAUUUGUGUAACCAAGGAACUGAAAGAUAGUGAUCUUUUGUGCUUAUUGUCGAUCAAGAUGCUUCGUAAACUUGAAAUCGGCGGUUCUUCAUUUUGUCUAAUAACAGGCGAAACUGCUAUUACUUUUGAUGGAGGUGUGGCUCCACUUCUCAAGGCAUUUGGAAGAUCAUUGGAGACUCUUAUGUUGGGGGGUAUAAAAUUAGUUUGUCUUUCCAGCAUAAUCGAAUUCUGCCCAAAUCUAAUUUCAUUGUUUAUCAGCGGCACUUCGGGCUCGUUUAAGGACGAAGACCUCUUCCAGGUUCCAGCCGAUAUUCUGUUUGUUUUGCUAUCUUUUCCUUCACUCGAAAAAAUUUCAAUUGGUCUUUGCGAUUCGCUCACUGAUGAGAGCAUUAUUGUUAAACGGCUGCGAUUCUCUAGAAGUCAUGAGCCUCCAUCAGUGUAA